UAACCAGUGAAAAUAAUGUCGUUUUCGACAAUAAGUAAUUUCAAAUGUGGCAAAUAAGGACUGAAGAUGAACAGGUCCGGCUACGAGUAUACCAUUCCUGUAUCAACUACCUACUACGCGACGAACUCGAGGCCUCCGCAGUAUGACCGAGGAUAUGGACAGCUUGCGCCCGUGCCUGUUUACAGUCCCUCUUCCCACCCUCUCUCAAAUUACGCAGACGUCUACGAAGGAAAUAACGAUACUACACUGAGAGCAGAGGAGAGACACUGGUAUAUAGAAAACCAUAAAAACUUACAAAGUAAUUAUGGUUCGAAUCAAGACAGCGUAUCACAAGACAAUAAAAUUAAAAAGGAGGAAGAGAAAAAAAUCGAUGUUCAAAUUACGAGGUCUGAUGCGGCGCAAAUUAGGCAGAGAAGAAAAGAGGAUCGGUGUUCGUGUGAGUGUUGGCCUACUUCAGACAAUAAUGGCGUGCAAGACAGUGGCGGAAACGGUACUACGAGGUCACUUUCAGGAGUAGACAUGGUGGCAUCGUAUGGAGUGUAUGGAAACUCACAAGAAGAAGAUAAUUCUGGAUUUGCAAGAAUUUCAGAAAAAAAUGCAACUCAUAAUCAAAGAAAUGAAACUGCGGUACAGGGUGUAAUAGUUAAUCAGCAAGGAAACAGUGCGGUCGUGCGCUCUACAAGUGCAUCGGAAUUGACUUACGGCAAAUGUUGGUCAUUGCCUCCAAAUACUCAAGCAACUAAUUCUGAAGAUUAUUGUUGGCUUAACUAUUGCAAACCAGCUCUUAUAAUACUGCUUCUGCUAUUUUUUCUAUCAUUAUUCGGCAUUUUGGCAGGGUUCUUAUUGACAAAUAACUAUUUACACUACCAACAAAGACCUCCUGCUCCCGAGGAAGCAUGUGAGAAGACUUUCUGCCGGUGGGGGGCGGAAUGUGUAUCACUGGGUGACGGUCGUGCGCACUGCGCUUGCCCUACGAGCUGUCCGCCCUCAGCGGCACCAGUUUGUUCAACCGCUGGAAGAACGUAUCGAAACCAUUGCUUUCUGCGAAAAGAAGCCUGCGAGAGAAGGCUGAACUUACGGAUCAAACAUGAGGGUGAAUGUGAAGCAGGAGACCCAUGUAGCACCGUGACAUGUCCAACGGGAGCAAGAUGUAUGGUAACUUACGGCCAGCCAGAAUGCCGUUGCCCACGAAGCUGUCAAAGACGCAAGAUUGUUUGCGGAAGUGACGGUCACGAGUAUCCAUCUGCUUGUCAUCUCGACAAACACGCUUGUGACAAUCAGCUUAACAUAACCAUCAAAUACCACGGAAAAUGCGAUCCAUGCUCGGAGCACGAAUGUGCCGACGGCGGCAUCUGCCAGCUGAACGAAGUACGUGCGCCCGUGUGCCGUUGCGGUCCGCCGUGCGACUUAGUCGCGCGACCCGGCUCCGCCGUGUGUGGCUCCGACUACAACGACUACGUGAGUGAGUGUGCACUGCGUCGAGAGUCUUGCCGCACUAAGCAAGAGCUAUCCAUUGUCUACAGAGGGGAAUGCGCUUCAGCCCAACAUCCCUGUGAGUCGGUGAAAUGCGGUGUGCGCGAGCGCUGCACGUUAGACGCCCGUGGCGUGGCCGUGUGCGGGUGCGGGCCGGCGUGCGAUGACGUCAUGCGACCCGUGUGCGGUUCUGACGACCACACUUACGACAAUCCCUGCUUGUUGGCGCGCACAGCGUGCCUUGAGAAUCGUGACAUACGCGUUGCUUACAUGGGGACCUGCGGGGUUGAAAACCCGUGCGCACGCGCGUCGUGCCCGUGGGGCGGGGCGUGCGUAACUCGCGGCGGCGCGGCGCACUGCGCGUGCCCCGUGUGUGACACCGCUCCUGCGCCCGUGUGCGCGUCCGACCGCAACACGUACGGCAGCGAGUGCAAGAUGCGCAUGCACGCGUGCCAGGCCGGUCUACGCGAUGGCGAGCUACGCGUGCUCUACAAUGGGACUUGCCAGAGCUGUGCGGACGUGGCGUGCGGGGGCGGGGGCGAGUGCGACGUGGACGCCGAUAGCGGCCGCCCGGUGUGUCGCUGCCGGCGCAACUGUACGGAUGCGCAGGAAUCAGACGUGGUGUGUGGAAGCGACGGUCAAACCUACUCUUCUCAGUGCGAGCUGGACCUCACCACGUGUCGCGAGCAGAGCGCGCUCCGCCUCGCCUACAAGGGAGACUGCGCUCUUUGCGAUAACGUACAAUGUUCAUUUGGAGCCCACUGCGUGGCCGGUGAAUGUGUGUGUCCAACUGAUUGUUCGAGUGCACCGCGAGAACCCGUUUGCGGCAGUACCAUGCAAACCUACCCCAACGAAUGUGAACUACAAAAAGCAGCGUGUAACCUAUCACCGCCCGCCAAACUACACGUUAUCUUCUACGGCGACUGCAAAGAUAGACUGGCCGUCGUUCCACCGAUAGCUAUGACGACGACCGCGAUGACCACGACCGAGGAGGGCUCGACGCUCGGCUCGGGUUCGGGAGACUUCGGAAGCACGAGCGCAUCGGCGUGCCGCGAUAUCCGCUGCGACUUCGACGCCAGCUGCGAGGUCGGCUUCGACGGCUACCCGCGUUGCUCUUGCCUUUUCGAAUGUCCGCCCGACGACGAGUACUUUCCCGUCUGCGCGUCGGAUUUCCGACUCUACCCGAGUCUGUGCGCCAUGCGGAAGGAGGGCUGCCAGAAACAGUUGGAACUUAGGUUGAGACCUCUGGAUUUAUGCAAAGGUAUGGAAGUCCGGCCUUGCGGUAACAGUAAGGCAAUGAUAGAUAUGUCAACCGGACUGGAAAUCGACUGCGGUAAUGGACCUCACCGACAGGACUGCCCACCGGGGAGUUACUGCCACAUCACGUUGACUGCCGCUAGAUGUUGUCCGAAAAAUGAGACGAAACAGACAGACGAUAAGAAGGUGACACAUUGUUCGGAAAGUCAGUACGGGUGCUGUUCGGACGGUUCCACGACUGCGACCGGUCCGGGCGAGGAGGGCUGUCCGGUGACUACGUCUACUUGUGGUUGCAAUCGUCUCGGAUCCAUGUCUGACCGGUGCGGUGAUGACGGCCAGUGUGUGUGCCGGCCCGGAGUGGGCGGCCUCAAGUGUGACCGCUGCGAGCCCGGAUACUGGGGACUGCCCAGAAUAGGAUCCGGACACACUGGCUGUAUUCCGUGCGGCUGCUCGGCGUUCGGCUCGGUGCGCGAGGACUGCGAGCAGAUGACGGGGCGCUGCGUGUGCCGCGCCGGCGUGCGCGGGCAGAAGUGCACCGUGUGCGCCGACCACCGCCGCCGCCUCGGGCCCAGCGGCUGCUCCGACCCUGAGGUCGGAUCGGCGGUGCAGUCUUGCGCGGAGCUGUCGUGCUACUUCGGCGCCGUGUGCACGGAGCGCACGGGCGGCGCGCUGUGCGAGUGCGCGGCCGCGCCCUGCCCCGACAGCGACCUCAACAUGCUGGUGUGCGGAAGCGACGGUAAAACUUACGAAUCUGAGUGCCAUCUUAAGUUGCAAGCUUGUCGCACGCAAGAGGAUAUCGUGGUACAGGCAUUCGGGCCUUGUAAAUUGUCAGAAUUGGCGGGCACGGCUGGUCCACCACGCCCUUCUUCCCCCAUACAAUUCACACAACAGGACGACGGAGCCGCUUCUAAGUCGACAAGACAUUUACUCAACCCCGACAAGUACUAUAACAAGUACGAUUGGACGAGAAAAGAGACACCUAGUGAUUUUGACAGCAUCCUAUCGGGACAAAAGCUAAAGGGCUCGCAAACGGCGACGACGGCGACGGUGGGCGCGGCGGGUGCGGUGGGAACAGUGGGCGCGCUGCUCGGCGACCUGUGCGCGGCCGACGACGACUGCGCCGCGCUGCCGGGCGCGCGCUGCGCGGGCGGCGGCUGCCAGUGCCGCGCCGGACACGCGCCCGCCGCGCACCGGCGCGCCUGCGUCCAACAAAUAACGCAAGAAACCACAGAGGAAUAUAGUGCAUGCUUAUCGGAACCGUGUUACAACCUCGGAACUUGCAUAGACUUGCCCGCGUCUACAUACACAUGCCUAUGUACCGACUCAUUCACAGGAGUGAACUGUGAAUCUCACAUCAAAGACGCGCUGCCAACAACUUACAUCGAAACUCCAUCGUUCGACGGCUCGUCCUAUAUACGCCUAAAACCGUUAAAGGCUUACCAUAAGUUGAACAUCGAUAUUGAAUUUAAGGCAUUCUCCGAGAAUGGGGUCAUAUUGUACAAUCAGCAGAAACCCGACGGAACGGGCGAUUUUGUUUCGCUCGCUUUGGUUAACGGAUAUUUGGAGUUUCGGUAUAAUCUUGGAAAUGGUGUAAUAAUUCUAACGUCCCUCGAAAAAAUAACACUAAACGAAUAUCAUAAAGUAUCCGCGAAACGAUAUCACCGGGACGGAAUUCUGUCGGUGGACGAUAUGGAGGACGUGGCCGGACAGUCCAGCGGCAGUUUGAAGGCUUUAGACCUCGCCGAAGAUGCCUACAUCGGUAGCAUUCCCACUAAUUAUACCAGGGUAUACGAUAAUAUCGGGACUCGGAACGGGUUCGUCGGUUGCGUGAAGUAUUUGAGGAUCAUACGUCACCAGGUGACGAAGAAAUUGGGUCGGCCGGACUCAUUAGUGGUGUCGAUGGAGAGCGUGCGCGAGUGCGAGUCGAGCCCGUGCCUGAGCGCGCCGUGCAGGAACGGCGCCACGUGCCGCCCGGCCGCCGCGCCCGCCGCCUACGCCUGCAGCUGCGCCGCCGGCUUCCGCGGAGCCAAUUGCGACGAGCGGUUAGAUCCGUGCGAGUCGAACCCGUGCGGGUACGACGAGGGGCUAUUGUGCGACGUCGGCCCCGACGGCGGCCACGUGUGCCGAUGUUUGUUCGGCGGCGACCCCGACUCGAACGGAAACACGUGCAACAACGAUGUGAACGUCGUCCAGGAGACCUGGUCCCCGCAGUUCAAUGGCACGAGUUACGUCGAGCUGCCGCCCCUCGAAGGGUUGGGGAAGGCGUUCCGAAUCGAAAUUUGGUUUUUAACGAACCGAUUCUCUGGAAUGCUCCUCUACACCGGCCAGUCCAAUAAAGCGAGGGGCGACUUUAUAGCGAUUAACUUAGUUAAUGGAUACCUCCAGUUUAGGUACAAUUUGGGAAGCGGAAUCGCCAAUAUAACGGCGCCGGCGCCGGUGACGAAGGGGCGCUGGCACCGCGUGCGGGCGACGCGCGCGGGCCGGCGCGGCGGCCUGCAGCUGGACGCGCUGCCGCCCGCGCGCGGCGCCUCCGCCGCGCCGCUCGCGCACCUCGACCUCGCGCUGCCGCUCUUCAUUGGAUCCCUACCAGCCUACGUCCGUCCACACAAAAUGUCAGGGGUGACCAGCAGUUUCAUAGGUGCAGUGCAACAGGUUUUCGUAAACGGCAACCCGCUACCUCUAUACGGCGGGGACACAGCCAAGUGUUCUGUAGUGGCCGAGGAAGACAGACUGCCUUGCGCUACGAGCGGCGUGACUAAGUACGUCGGACCGCCUUGCGGGGACGAUCUCACACCGUGCAAAAAUAAUGGCACGUGCAUACCGCUACUGAACGAGUACAAAUGUAUCUGCCCGGACGGAUACCAAGGAAGGAAUUGCGAGGUGCAAUUAAAAGUGGAGAUGUUAAACGAUGGAGCGCCCAUUAAGUUCGACGGAAAUAAUUAUUACUCGUACAGAAGUAGGGGCGGCCGCAGGAACCGCAGCCUCCGCGGAAUCAGAUACGAGAUAAAAUUUCGUACACACAACGACUCCGGCCUCUUGAUGUGGAGACGUAAGAUCGGUAUACGACCGCGCGACUUCAUCGGACUAGGACUCAGUGAAGGAAAACUUCAGCUGAUAUACACUGACGCGGAAUCGAACUCGGCUACCGACUGGUUUCAAAGUAUUGAGUCGCAGGAUAGGGUGGAUGACGGGCUUUGGCAUACCGCUGUCGUUCGGCGUCGCAAACGCCUCGCGCUACUUCAGCUGGACGACAAGCCGCCAGUACGGGGGUACUCGCAAGCGCUGCUUGUACCCUCAAAGGCGAAUCCUAAGCUAUGGAUCGGAGGAGCGCCGUCUCUACCGCUCGGGCUGCCGGCGUCGCUGUACAGCGGCCUCCGCGGCUGUGUCGCUGGUGUCAAGUCCGGCGGACGACACGUCGACGUCACGACACCCAUACGACCCACGACACCGAUACGAUAUUGCGACUAACUUCAUCUGGUAAAGCUGAUCACCCAUAAGAUAUGCUAUGCGAUA